AUGAGCGAAGAAAGAUUCGAUUUAUACCCCCUGGAAGAGGGGGCAUACAUAGGCCACAUAAACGUUGACGAGGAGGUAAAUAAAAAGACAAAAACCUAUCUGACCAUGUCCCUAAAAUACAUUCGUGAGAAGAAGCUAAAGACUUGCGAAGAGUAUCUGAGUGGCGUAUUACCCGCUCUUAAGGAACACCCAUUUGAACACCUAACUUUGAUGACGAUAAAGAUUUAUUGUAAUUUAAGACUGAAUAAUUACCGCCUCGUUUCCAGUGACCUCAAUUCGAUUGGCAAUUUAGAUAAAGAUGAUUACAACUUUGAGCACGUCCCAUGGAAAUAUAAGAAGAAAAGUGGAUCCAUGAUUUCUUUCCUCCUCAGACUGAUUAACUGCUACUACCCCUACACUCUCAAUUUGUACUUCACGUCCUUUGAUCGGCUCUACCUCUUGAUACUGCACUAUGAGAAAUUGCUUCAUCAGUGCACCGCUCCGUUGGGGAGCAGUACGGGGCGGAAAGACGCCUCUUCGAACUUCCCCGAUAAAGAGAACCCACACGAUGAGGAAAUCUUCCCACUGGCACAGAAGCGGAAGAAAGUCAUCCUGCACAACAUCGCAAUCGCGUGCUACGUCCUCUGUGACCUCUUGCUUAAGAAGAAUUACAUCGAGCAAGCCAUCCAUCUCCUGAAGGAAAAAAUAUUGCGAUACGAUGCAGAACAUAUUAUCACCAUAUCUCUGAUUGGAAAAUUGUCUUUGCUUAUGGGGGCACUUGAUUCCGCGUCGAAGUCCUUCGAUUUGGUUGAGCUUCUAACCGGGGAGGAACCUUCCCACCAUGCCGCAGCGCGAGGACACACCUUAACAAAUGCAGCUUUCUUUAAUCUCUACCUGGAGGAUUACCCAUCUGCAUUGCAAAAAAUUAUGGAUAUCCCUCCAGAUUUAGCAGCCCAGCAGAACAGAGGAGAGGUGGACAACGACUACGCCAUAUACCGAAACAAUCUCGCAGUCACUUACUUUUUUAACAAUGACGUGAACAAAUCGAUUACCACUAUGGAAGAGACUAUCACCAGCGACCACGGCAAUGUAUGCCCUUCCCUUGUAAAAAAUCUGAACCUCUUGUACGACUUCACCAAUGUGACAGGUGAGAGGGCACUUCAAAUGAACGAUUUCGUGUGGAACAAUCUGAGUGAAGAGGUCAGGAGGUUCUGGCGUUAA